GUUGGACACACUGUUGUGUAGAAAGAGCUGACGAGCUCAGUCUUUGUUGCGAUCACAAAGACGCGGGUCAUCUGAGGGUUAUAAAUGGAGUGUGGAGCUCACAGCUGCAGUGUGACCACGCUCAGCAGACACAAUGGGGAAGAUCACCUUCUACGAGGACAGGAACUUUCAGGGUCGCACCUAUGAGUGCAGCGGUGAGUGCUCUGACCUGCACUCUCACUUCAGCCGCUGUAACUCCAUCAAGGUGGACAGUGGGAACUGGAUGGUCUAUGAGAGACCAAACUACAUGGGGUACCAGUACUACCUGAGGAGGGGGGAGUACUCAGACUACCAGCGCUGGAUGGGAUUCAACGACUGCGUGCGGUCCUGCAAGAUGAUCCCUUCGCAUCAAGGAUCCCACAGGAUGAUGAUCUACGAGCGCCCAGAGCUCGGAGGACAGAUGAUGGAGCUGACCGACGACUGCCCUUCUCUGAACGAGCGCUUCCAUAACAGCGACAUCAACUCCUGCAACGUGAUGGAUGGAAACUGGAUCCUUUACGAGCACCCUCACUACAGGGGACGGCAGUAUCUGCUGCAUCCUGGUCAGUACAGGAGGUUCAACGAGUGGGGAGGCAACAGUCCCAGAGUGGGAUCCAUCAAACGUAUCUCUAUGUGAGAGGUGUUCUGUCAAUAAA